AUGUCGGACAGCUCGGUCCCCGCGCCGCCUAGCACGGUCUCUAGGCCUGUGAGCGAGGCACUUUUGAACGAGAAGUGGGACCGCUGCAUUUCCAACAUGCUCAUAAAGUCAUCCCUUGGUCUCGGAUUCGGUGUCGUCUUCUCAGUUCUCUUAUUCCGACGAAGAGCAUGGCCCGCAUUUGUGGGAGUAGGUUUCGGCGCUGGCAGGGCUUACGAGGAGUGCAACUGGAGCUUGAAGCAAGCAUCACAGGAGCUGAAGAGGAAAGCAUGA